UCAUGUUCUUUCAAAAAACCUCCCGCUACGAUUGUGCCGAUGUCAGAAUUGACAAAUGUCACUGCCCCCUCUCAGAAAUGGGGCGUUCAGGCUGGUUUUUCAGACCUUUCUUUCCUUCUCCCGUGGGGAGGUGGCAUUGUCUGCUGAGUUAAUGUUUGAUAAGUCACCGCUGGACGUGCAGCUUAGCCAGGCAGCGAGCGCGCAGAGCGCGUGGUUUCCCAGGACGGGGGGAUUACUGGAGAAGCAGCCCCACUCCGCUUCGCAAUUUUUUCUCCUCUGUUUGCUAGGAGGUGGCUGUUUGCUACCUCCUUUGCAUGCUUGUCCCACCCAGAAAGCAUUCCUUGAAAACAUCUGGGAAUGGCUCUCUAAUCACCUGGAAGAUAGGAGAACACAAUGGAUCAGAAAAAAGCUUUCCCCCCCUUUUUUUUUGGUCCUUCCGCAUUCUUCCAGCUCAAAGACUGUAAAACCAGAAGUAGCAAUAGCCUGCCAGCCUGGCAGGGAGCUGCGAUCCCAGGCGUAAGGCUUUCCCAGCUCUGUCGUUGACGUGUGAUUCGAUGAUCGGAAAAACUAGGAAAUUUUAGCCAAAUCCAGUGAGCUCGCAGUGGGAUUUCAUUACUUUCAGUGCCAAUCUCGCCCUCUGGGAGACCCUGGCUGAGCCCCAGCCUGGCACUUGUAACCACUCUGAUUUCUCAAGCUGAAAGCUCCUGGGUGAAUUUCAACUUUUUUGAUUUCAGAGCCCCUUAAAAUUUUGCAGUGGGAUGUUUGGUGCAGUGAAUUGAAACCUUCGGUAAUCUCCAAGUCCUUUUCUGGAGAACUUCUUUCUAGAGGUCGUGUUAAAAAAUAGCGUCUCCCCUGUGGACAGAACUGAGCAGGACUUAACAGGGCAAGGAUGAAGGGUGUCUUUGUCUUUCUUCACGAGGAAGCGAAGAAAGCAAAUAGAUUUUAAUUUCUUUUAUGGUUCCCUGUGUUAAGCAAGCUGAGCGAUCCGGUGUCAAAACGCACUGUAUAAACAGCUGCUUUGGGGACAAGCGUUUACCCUUGUGGACUGUAAAACCUUCUGUUUAAGAGGACUGCAUGUUCUUAACUCUGUUUCCGUAGCGAAGGAGACUUGCUGGACUGCUUUGUCUUUAGUCUCCCAGUAACUUUUAAAUCUGCCCUUUCUCUCCUUUUCCCUGUUCCUACGAGGGAAAAGAUCGACAAAAAGGGAGUUACAACCACGAACCGAGCCACAGCGUUGCUGGUGCAUCAGCGUCCCGUCGUAAAUAAGUAUGUUGUGACUCCGCGUCCUGCUUUGUUCACCCUCGGUCCAGCUCACCUUGAACACAGCUGCCAGCUCCGCUGCUUGCCUGGACGAGUGUCUCCUCCAGCCCUCCCUUUUGUCCGUUUUGCCUGAAAUCUGAGGACUCUGCUAUGUUUGUGCAGGGCCUGCCACAAUAAAACAGUCAUCGGGCUGCAACAACUAGGCAUUGUUCGAAUGAGAAGAUACAGGUGGAGGAAGGGAACUGGAGAGGCUGCCCAGGCCGUCCCACUGCUGCAAGCCCGCAAUCGGCUCUCUCCUGAGACGCGAGUUGAAUUUGGUCUUAAAUGUCAAGCGACACAGACCUCCCUUCCCUGCCCCACCGCAGAGAGACCGUCCUCAGGCUUUGUUGUCCGUGCAGUUAGUUUUUCUUAGCGCUCGUCUCAAUCUCCUCGGCUACAAUCUGUCUAAGCCACGGUGGAAGUGGAGAGCUGAAUAUUCCCUUCCUUUUUGCAGCUGCCUUUUAUAUACGUGAACCUUUUUAUCGUAUUCUCCCUUAGCUUUCUCCUCCCUAGGCCGAGAACCCCAGUCCAGUCCGUCGUUGCUCCUAGGUCAUGUUUUCCAGACCUCCGCGCAUUCCUGUUGCUCUGCCAAACGCCAGGAGAGCGGUGCUGGCCUUUCCCAGGGUCGGGACUCGAGCGGCCGUGCCGGGGCAGCGUGGGAAGCCGCGGGCGAAAACUCGGGCGUUGGCAUCGCGCGCCCUCAGGAGCGGCCGCUGGAGAGCCUGGGAUGCCGGAGUCGAGAUGAUGGUCGUUCACACUGAGCCGUGGCUCUUUUUAGAGCUGGGGAGACUUAAAUAGCAACCCCUCUUCCCCUGCCGGGCUGAGAAAACGGUGCUCAGGGCCGGGUGUGGAAUGGGCUGGUUUAAAUUCCACUGAAUCUGAUCAAAAUCACCAAACCGCACUGUUUUCUCGCCGUGCACGAUCCAGCCCGCUGACCGCUGCAUCCUCGAGCCAGAUCUGCCCGUUUCCGGGAGAGGAGCCGGCACGAAUUUUCCAGUCCGCAGCAUCGCUGAGCACAGACCGUUCAUCCUCAGCUAGAAAUCCUGUUUUCACUCGCAGAAACCCGCAGGGCGGAUUUAGGCAGGUGGGAUGUAAUGAGUCCAAGGGGAAUCUGGAGAGGGCGCCGGGAAGGUCUCACCUCCCCUGAAUGGGAGCCGCGCGGUUUUGCUCCGGUUCGUACACAGUAUCUUAGUACCACUGACUGUCCUCACGGCACGCCUGGAAUCGGCGGGGGCUUUCAUGUGCUCUUAAGCUGCCUCGUUAUCUGGGAUAACAAGAAUGCGGGAAAGCUGACCUGAUGGAAACCAGCUGUUGCUCCGUGGAUGCCGCUCGUGCCAGCCGAGCCACCUCGGGCCCCUUGCAGGGAGGCAGGGGAGGAGGCGCGUUCCUGGCGGGUUCCCAAGCGGUUUGGUUUGUCGUGGAGGGCAGAAUUGACCCUUCAGUGAGCAGAGGCCAGGAAAAAGAGCGAGUUUCACCUUCCACUUCCCACGUGCGCGUCCGCAGACGUGCAGGGAGACACGCAGGACACGAGGAUGGAGCCAAACAGGGAUCCCUUCAGUGACAACCCAGUGCUCCUGGCCCUGGGGCAGCAGCCGUGUUCUGCUGCGAGCAGUUUGGCCGGCGGAAGAGGCCUUAUUUUUCCCGUUCGUGCUCAAGCCUGAUGAGAUUUUCUGAGGGCUACACGUCCUUCUGGAACGACUGCAUCUCUUCGGGGCUGCGAGGCGGCAUCCUCAUCGAGCUAGCGCUGCGAGGCCGGAUCCAGCUGGAGCCGCUCACCGUGCGGAAGAAGAGGCUGCUGGACAGGAAGGUGCUCUUGAAGUCAGAUGCUCCAACUGGCGACGUCUUGCUGGACGAGACCCUCCGGCACAUCAAGGCUACGGAGUCUGCAGAAACGGUGCAGACCUGGAUCGAGCUGCUCACCGGGGAAACCUGGAACCCUUUCAAGCUGCAGUACCAGCUGCGGAACGUGCGCGAGCGCAUCGCCAAGAACCUCGUGGAGAAAGGCAUCCUCACCACGGAGAAGCAGAACUUCCUGCUCUUCGACAUGACCACCCACCCCGUCAGCAACACCACCGAGAAGCAGCGCCUGGUCAAGAAGCUCCAGGAGAGCGUGCUGGAGCGCUGGGGGAACGGCCCCGGCCGCAUGGACCGCAGGACUUUGGCUCUCCUGGUGCUGGCCCACUCCUCGGACGUGCUGGAGAACGUUUUCGCCAGCCUGGCAGAUGACAAGUACGACUUGGCGAUGAACAGGUCCAAGGACCUCCUGGAUUUGGACCCUGAGGUGGAAGCUCCCAAAGCCAAAGGCACUGAGAUGAUCUGGGCCGUCCUGGCGGCCUUCAAUAAGUCUUAAACCCCCCCAAAACCGCACAGGCUGGACAGCAGAGCCUCACCCUCCCAGCGCGAGGCCGGGACUGUUCGGGCACAGAACUUCCGUCGCUCCCGGGGUGCCCUUGGCCCGCGGGGAAGCGCGUGCGGCGAUGGGCCGCGGCUGCCGCGUCCGCGUGGACGGGCUCCGACCUCGCCGGCGGCAGGAGCCGGGACCUUGCCGCUGAUCCGUGCGAAGCAGCCGCUGGCUUUACUCUUCCACUUCCAGUUUUUAAACUCGGAUAUAGCUAAACGCUCCCACGUGCUUGUUAGGCAGCUCCGACGGGAGAGAUGGAGCCUUCAAGCACCGGGCUCGGGGCACCGAGCGUGUCCGUAGUGCCGGCCCGGAGCCACAAUUCCCCGGGAGCUUCCCGGCUGUGCGGAUGCCGCAGGCGUUUCCCUGGUCCCCGACGUUUGCUCGGGGGCUGCCGGGAGAAGCCGAAACCUUUCAGAGCUCGUCGGCGUCGAGGGAGAAAUACCUCCCGGGUGCUGCCCGGAGCCGGCGCCCACGGGCUCCUUCCCCUCUUCGGAGCCGCUCUCCGGGGCCGAGCCGCGCUCGGGGCUGCCCGUAGCACGGAGACUCCUUUUAGGAAGAGACGAGGUCACUUUAGGAAGAGUUAAACUGUGAUUUAUUUUUUCCCCCCUUUUCUCCUCUCCAACGUUAAUCUCCUUUAGCGAGCGUUAAUGGGUUUCGCUGCACCCCGAGGGAGUCCUGGGUAUUUAAAUCUGUAGCUGUAGCCACCGGGGUCCAACUGCUCUUUGUAAUAAAAGGGUUUUACAGCGGGA